UUAGAAAUGUGUAUAUCCUUCAGUAUUCUGUCCAAUGUCACAUAUGUUUCAGCACGGUUUGUUCUUAGCCAAUUACUGUGUACUGUUUAUGUUUCCACUGAAUGCAAAAUGUCUCCUUUGAUAGUUUCCUGACCUGCGCUGGCCUGGGAGCCACGGGCGCUCCCAUGUCACAGGAGAAGGUCAAGAAACUCAUGGGACUGCUGGAUGCUGGAUUUGAUCUUUACACUUAUUUGAGGUCUGGCCGUCAGCAGCAGAUGAUGGAGAUGAUGAUGGGGAUGGGGAUGAUGAUGGGCAAUAGCUCAGAGGAGUCCAUGGGGGAUGAUGAUGCUUCCUCCAUGAUGGGGCUGCGGGACCCUCGCUUCAUCAGCAAGUGGUUCAAGAUCGGCCUGCAGUCCCAGCUGCCCUUCCUGUCCAAAGGGGACCUCUCCUGCCUCAAGAACGCCAACCUCACCUGCGCAUCAUUCCAGGCCCUGGUGAUGUCACUGAGCGAUCACCUGGGUGAAAGGAGGACCAACAAGAAAGAGACGCUGUAUCGGGAAUUCAUCAUGCCUUUCCUGUCCAGAAAAUCAGGUUGUGCGCAGCAGACUAACGGGAGUAAAGAGUGGCUGAUGAAGAACCUCCGGUCCUUCCUUGACAUCGUUACCCUUGCAGAACUCAUGAAACUCAACGCCAAUUUCUCUGCUCUCGAUGCCUUGGACAAACUCACUGCCGAGCACUUGGUGGACUUGGUGCUGCGCCCGAGCAUGGACAACACCACCAUGGACAACUCCACCAUGGACAAGUCCACCAUCAUCAUCCACGUCCUGCAGAGCCUGGUCCGCCCACUCCUGAUGAAGAAGAACUCCAACAUGACCGGCAACAUGACCAUGGACAUGAUGCCAAUGGGAAUGCAUGGCAACGGCACAGUUCUGAAAGGACUCUUGAUGAAGCUGAAGCCCCUGGGAAUGUUCAUCCACAAAUUUGUUGCUGCUCUUGAGCAGAGAAACGACACAUCCCUGGAAGUCAAGGAACUGCUGACCCAGAAGAUCGUCAACUGGACCCUGUCCGAGCUGAGCGGCUUCUUCUCCCAGAACUUCACGUUGAACAACCAGACCUUCAUGGGGCAGGAACCCUCCGCCAUGACCUUUAACCUCACCAGCGUGAAGGACUGGUUCACUCACCUGGUGGUGCCCCUUCUGAAGCAGGCCCUACCCAUGAACGACACGGAAUCUCUAAAGGACCUGACGGACGCUUUCAAAGAUCUUUUUCCCUCACCUUCCAACGCCACCAUGGACCCUGACAUGUUCAGACCUGCUGACGUCUGUAGGCCUAACCACAACAACGACGGCAACAGCAGCGACAGUACUUGUUUGAUCACCAAAAGAGCCGAGGACCUGGAUGUCGUCCUGAGGUGUGUCGCUAAAUCCAAGAUGAACGUGACUGGAGAGAAAAUCAAGGCCUUGCUUUCAGAACUGCUCUCAACCCUGAGACGUCACAAGAUGAUGGAUGGCCAACGCCCCAUGAUGUCGAUGAUGUCUGGGCCUGUACCUCCAGUCAUCUUCAGCAGGGAGCAGCUGAGGGACCCAGAGCUGAUGGCAAUGUGGGCAGCUGUGAGGCUUGUGUCCGCCCUGCCCAUGGUGCCCGGAGGCAGCAACAGCUCCUCCUCCUCCUGCCUCAUCAACCAGCACUUCAACUGCGAGGCAUUUCAGGCCAUGGUCCAGUCCCUUGGCAAACACGUCAUGGACAAAGAUGUGCAGAAGAAAAUCUACAUGGGCUUCAUCAAGCCUUUCCUCAAACGCAAUGACACCCAAGACCCUGGCUGUGUCCAGCGUGCAAAUAACAGCAGAGAGUGGCUGGAGAAGUACCUUGGGAAAUUUGCUGCCCUUGAAACACUGAAAGAACUGAAACUCCUGAACAUGAACUUCACAGCAAUGGAUGUUCUUCCUCUUCUCACUCCAGUCCAACUAGCGGAGCUGGCUCAAAUUCCUGGACAGCUCAAAGACCCCGAAGUUCUGAAGAAGAUUUUAAAACACGUCAAAGACGGAGACUUGGAGAUAUUCCUUGAUGAAAUUCUCCCACUUCUUCAGGGCCCCAACCUGACCCAAGCGGUGAGUUCUGUCAUACUGGAGCACGUGCUGGACAGAGCCAACCUGUCCGACCCCUCCAUCAACGACACCAAGGUUCUGGAGUGGCUUAACAAGAGGCUCCUGCACCUGCUUCCCAACAUGAAGCCAGACCAAAUCAAGCCGCUCUUCAACAUCAUCAAAGGCAGACAGUGUGAAACUCUUCAGCAUGGACUUCAGGUGCUCAGCUCCAUUCACCCUAAGCUGAAGGAAGGGGCCAAAGAGAAAAUUCAGGAGAAUAUUCUGGAGUCUCUCAAAGGACCAUCCCCACUGCGCUGCUACAGGAACAACAGCUUCUUCAUGUUCCUGAAUGACACCUUCCUCGACUUUGGGCUCCCGAACCUCACCACUAUCCUCUCCCUGAUCCCACCCGGACGACAGCCGGAGGUGAUCAACUCCUUCCAGCCCUCUGAGCUGGGCGCCCUGAUGAGCAGGCCAAACUCGGUGGACAACGACACACAGCUCUGCACAAUCUUCAGCAGCUUCAACCGAACCCCAGAGUUCCUUGAGACCGUGACUCUCCCGGCUGAUGUGGGGCGCCUGGUUCUCCCCUGCGUCUGGCCCCUGGCCCUGGCUGCGGAUGACGAGGCUGAGGCCGACCGCUGGUUCAACAUCAGGCUGAAGCCCUACCUGCCCUUCCUCAACAAGCAGCUGCUCACCUCCACCACCACCCUGGGAGCAUCCUGUCAGCCCUUCAGCAAGCUUGUUGGAUUUCUGGGUACAAACCACUCCUUCAAUGGCUCCGACUUCACAAAGGAUGAAGCCUUUGUCACAAUCAAGCAAUACCUUGCCUCAGAUACUGAUCCCAAGUGCUACAACGCCACUGACCCCAAGCUGAACUCCACCGCCUGGUUUGUGAACUACGUCGGCGGGUUUGUGCCUCUCAUGACCUCAGAUGAUAUGGAGACGUUUGGCUCCGAUGACAAACUUCAAGUGUUCACGGUCAACCCUCAGAACAUCCAGCUCUUCACCACCACUGGAGUUCCCUCGGCAACCGUAUCUAGCUUCACUCAGCUGAUCUUCCUGCAAGAUCCCAACUUCAAUGUCAUUGGCCUUCCCCCAUCACUGCAGUGUGGGGUUCCUGGAACUGCCUACGGCACCCUGAACGAGAACCAGUCCCUCAGCAUCAUGACCACCCUCAACCAGACAUGCUCCAAUGUCGACCAGGAGGUCUUCUCGGCACUGGCUGGAAACGUCCAGACAGUGACUGCAGACACCAUUAGCACCCUGGGCCAAGGCGUUGUGGGCUUGAAUGUGGCACAGAUCAACGCUGCCCCACCCAGUGUCAUCUUAAACUCCCUGUCCACCUUCAGCACUGUGCCGACCUGGAGCCAAGGACAGCUCUUCUCGAUCGUUAACAUCCUCUUCAAGCAGAACUAUCAGAUUACCAGUCCUGCAAAUCUGGUGAAUCUUGGAAGCCUGGUUGGAGGAGUUCCAUCAACGACCUUCACCACCAUCACACCACAAGUCGCCCUUCAGGCGUCUCAAACUCCGUCCUUCAUCACCAACCUCCAGAGCGCCCGCCCUAUUGUGCAGCAAACAUUCAUCAAACAGAUCAUAAAAGUCGAUGCUGCACCUGCACAGCUGUUGACCAACAUCCCCGAUGCCAUGGCCACAGAAAUCCCAAAAAACCUGCUGUUCUUCCAAAACACUGGAGAUGUGACAGUCAUCGCCAAAAACAUCAACAAGAAGAAAUGGAAGCCACAACAGGCUAUGAUGUUCUUUGAUACAGCUGCAAGCGGAGUGGAGCCAGAAGAGCUGUCUGAGUCGGUGUUGUCGGGCUUCACCUGUUCCCGUGUGAGGACCAUCACCAAGGUCAAGGUGAAGAAGAUCGUCAGAGCCUGCCGGCGCAGGAAGAAGAGGACCAAGGUGGUGCUGAAGCAGAAACAGUUGACCUGCAUGUACAACCUCAUCAAAGAGGACAAGCCAACAGACUUCGUGAACUAUCCCUCUGACAUGUUGCUCUACUACAAGUAUAAAGACAUACCGAAAGCCAACUGCAAGUCUUAUUUCACGGAGGUUGGAUAUGCAGACUUCAGCGUUUUGAGAAGAGCACUGGGAGGAAGAAGGAAAAUUUUGCUGAACAACGCAAGGAACUGCCUGGGCAUUUCAGGCACCAACAUCAACAGUGCGAACCUUGCGAUACUGGGCAACAUGGCGUGCACACUGGACAGGCCGUACAUCCAGAACUCCGACCCCAGCGUGGUGGAGAAGAUGAAGGACUGCAGUGACUACACCGAGGAGCAGAGCAACGCCCUGCAGACCGUCCUCAUCCAGGGCAAAACCAAAUACGGACCACUAUCCAAGUGGAAAGUCAAGACCCUCAGAGAGCUGGGAGUUAUGCCACUCUACUUCUCUCAUGACUUCUGGAAAAACUUUGACAAGAGAACCAAGAAGAAGUUCUUGAAGCCCUUCCUGAAGGGUCUGAGGAAGAGGAAGACCCAGAAGAGGAAGCUGAAGAGGCUCUUCAGGCAGCUGAUGAGAGGCUACCGCUCCAAGAGAUCCGCCACAUGCACAGAGGGCACCAUCACCAAGACCAUCAUCAGCGACGACUCGUUCCCCUUCGGCUACGACGCCGACCAGUUCAAACUCUGCCUCAGCGCUCAGACGGUCAAAGACAACCUGGCGGACCUCACCGAGAAAGUGGACGUGGACGAGUUCCAGACCGUCAUCCUGGAGAAACUCAAGGAGGUAUAUCCGUCAGGGCUCUCGGAUGACCAGGUUCAGUUGCUGGGCUCGGUGUCUCGCGUGGCCUCUCUGGCCGACAUCGAGACCUGGAGCAUCUCCUCUCCUGACACCCUGGCUGCUCUUAUGAACACAGAUGACGGCGAAUGGGAUGCUGACAAGAGCAAAGCCAUCGUGACAAAGUUUUUGAAAGGGGUCAACAACAGUAUUGGUGCCUCUGAGCUGAACUUCUUGGGAGGAGCCAACCUUUGUGCACUUGACCUCACCACUGUAGAAGGCAUCGCGUCUGACAGCAUUAAGGAGGCAGACACUCUGGACAUUUCCAACUGUAGCAGUGCAAAGAAGAAGGCACUAUUCACGACGGCCAAAAAGGCCUUCCCCAUCAGUGUCACCACAAGGAACACAGACACGCUGACCUCAUACCAGCUCAUUCAGCCUUACCUGGGCGGUGCUGACUCUACCUACAUCAAGAGCUUGACAUCAUCCAAUGUUGAAAUGGACAUAGAGACCUUUGUUGAUUUGGAUGAAGCCACUGUGCUGGACCUGUCGGUGUCUGACGUGUCGUCGCUCCUGGGCAGCAACCUGCCUGACUUGGAGAGCUACCAGAACGAGAGCGUGGUGCAGAGCUGGAUCUCCAGACAGCUGCAGACGGACCUGGACACGCUGGGCCUGGGCCUGACCGGAGGCAGAGUAGCCACCACGGCAUCCGCCAACUCCACCGCCACCACUACCACAGCUGCCACCACAGCCACCACCACCACCACUACCACCGUCGCCGCCACGGCUACAUCUGCAGGGAACAAAGAGACGCCCUACUCAUUGUCCUUCAUCAUCCUGAUGUUGAGCCUGGCCUUCAUGAGGAACCCAGGGGCAUGAUGGGUCCCCAGCACACAGGAGCUCCAGCCAGGGGUUCGGGUAGACAACGCUAGGAUGAUUCGAAGGGCCAACACCAUUGACAAGCAGCCCUCUGAGGACACCAUUUAGUAGUUUUAUAAGGUCACCCAAAACUGUAAUCCAUUAUUAGGGCCCAUCAUUUUCUGGCUGUAAAACUGUAGUAGUGACUUAUGGAAAAGGGAUGAGUAAUAUAUUUUUUUAAUCUGUAAGCUAAUUUAAUUCAUUAUUUGUUGUUUGUUUCUGUGUGGAGAUUCUAACGUUGAAGUACUUUUGUUGAAGUUUACUUUUACCAAUCUUGAAAUGUUUUUCUGAUGUUUUUGUAAGCACUGACAUGGUACAAAUGAAGUAAAAAAUGGCUAUGCCUUCAUUCUCUUAAA